GAGCAUUCACUUUCUGUGAUGAAUGCCCACUAGCUUGUUUGAAUAGGUUGUCAUUGUGUGAGGGAAAACAACCCGGCGUUUACUGUCUUUCGUUUAUAAGUAAACAAGUGCUGCAGCAAUGCAGAAUGGAGAUGAAGAUGUGGCCUUUAGCCGCUCUUUAUCAGUUUCCACGUUAAGUGUCAGUGAUGGAACUGAUAUUUUGGAGUUUCUGAACUCAACCAGGUCUAUAUUGUGUACAUGGGAGAUCGUCCAAAGGGUGAUUUUUCUGCAGCAUCUCUUCAUGCCAGCAUGCUACAAGAAGUUGUUGGCAGUCGUGCUUCAGAUUUUUUGCUGCACAGCUACCAUAGGAGUUUCAAUGGUUUUGUUGCUAAAUUGACUGAAGAGGAGAAGCAGAAACUGGCAGGCAUGAAAGGCGUGGUAUCUGUGUUCCCUAGUCAAAAGAAGAAACUUCACACGACAAGGUCUUGGACCUUCAUGGGGUUCCCCCUGAAUGUUACCAGAUCAACUAAUGAAAGUGACAUCAUUAUUGGAAUGCUUGACACAGGGAUUUGGCCUGAAUCUGAAAGUUUCAAUGACAAAAGUUUUGGUCCACCUCCAGCCAAAUGGAAGGGCACUUGCCAAGAAUCCUCCAAUUUCACUUGCAACAACAAAAUAAUUGGAGCUCGAUACUAUCACACUGAAGGAAAAAUACCCCCUGGAGAAUUUGCUUCACCUAGGGAUUCAGAAGGCCAUGGGAGUCACACUGCCUCAACAGCAGCGGGGGACAUAGUUAGCAAGGCCAGCUUACUAGGCCUUGGCUCAGGAACUGCUCGAGGAGGGGUUCCUUCAGCCCGUAUAGCUGUGUACAAAAUAUGUUGGUAUUUUGGCUGUUCAGACGCCGACAUUCUUGCGGCAUUUGAUGAUGCUAUUGCGGAUGGAGUUGAUGUAAUAUCUCUUUCAGUUGGAGGGUGGCCUAUGGACUAUUUUGAAGAUUCAAUCGCAAUUGGCGCUUUCCAUUCAAUGAAGAAUGGCAUCCUCACAUCCAAUUCUGCUGGCAAUGAAGGCCCAGGUCCUCGAUCAGUCUCUAAUUGUUCACCUUGGUCGCUUUCUGUGGCUGCUAGCACCAUAGACAGAAAGUUUUUGACUGUGGUGCGGUUAAGUAAUGGAUUAUUUUAUGAGGGAAUUUCCAUAAAUACUUUUACGCCUGAAAACUCUGUAUACCCUGUCAUCUAUGGUGGAGACGCACCAAAUACAACUGCCGGGUACAAUGGCUCCUAUUCCAGAUACUGCUAUCCUGAUACCUUGAACAAGACUAUGGUAAGAGGAAAAAUUGUUCUUUGUGAUUCUCUUAGUGAUGGAGAGGAGCCAAUAGUUGCUGGUGCUGUUGGCUCCAUCAUGGAGGAAGGAUUCUACAAUGAUGUGGCUUUCAGUUUCCCUUUACCAGUUUCUGCAGUAACCGCAGGGACUUUAGCUGCUAUUUUGAAGUACUUAAACUCAACUAGUGAACCAACUGCAACGAUAUUGAAGAGCAUUGAUUAUAAAGAUGAAUAUGCUCCAUAUGUGGUUUCCUUCUCUUCAAGGGGACCUAGUCCAAUAACAGAUGACAUUCUCAAGCCUGACCUGACAGCCCCUGGAGUGGACAUUUUAGCAGCAUGGUCCAAAGCUACUACUGUAACUGGAUCAAAAUGGGAUAAAAGAGUAGUUCCGUACAACAUAAUUUCUGGUACAUCCAUGUCUUGCCCACAUGCGUCUGGUGCAGCUGCUUAUGUCAAGUCAUUUCACCCAACAUGGUCUCCUGCUGCCCUCAAAUCUGCCCUAAUGACGACAGCUUAUCCCAUGACCACUGCUGCUAACUCUGAUGCAGAGUUUGCUUAUGGAUCAGGUCAUAUAAACCCUGUAAAGGCCAUUGAUCCUGGAUUAGUAUAUGAUGCUGAAGAGAUUGAUUAUGUUAAAUUUUUGUGUGGACAAGGGUACAACGCAACACAACUUCAACUUGUGACUGGAGACAAUAGCACAUGUUCUGAAGAAACAAAUGGAACAGUUUGGGAUCUAAACUACCCUUCUUUCGCUCUAUCUACCCUGUCUGGGCAAUCUGUAACUCGCAUCUUUCACAGAACUGUCACAAAUGUUGGGUCCUCAUCAUCUACUUACAAGGCAAUUGUAAAUCCUACGGAAGGACUUAAUAUACAAGUUCAACCAAAUGUUAUUUCCUUCCAGUCUCUUGGCGAAAAGCAAUCCUUUGUUGUUACAGUUGAAGCUGCAUUAAAUACAACUGCAAUCUCUGGUUCCUUGACUUGGGAUAAUGGAGUGCAUCAAGUGAGAAGUCCUAUUAUAGCAUAUGUUAUCCAUCCUUCAGUGUAGUUUAGAAUUGCCAUUUCUUCCAAACUAAACAAACAAAUAAACUCAGUAUCUUCUGUAUCAAAUGUAACACUCUAUUUGUAAUAAAACUGUCAUUGAUUCAAUACAACUUGUGAAAAUUGGCCUGCAAGAA